GAGGCCAAAACAUUAUUAGGGUUCUUUUUAGUUUCGAACGAAAUAAAGCAAAAUCCAUCCUAGGGUUUUAAGGUUUCUCUUUCACUGCCAUCAAACCCCAAAACAUUUCACAGAAAUGGCGGAAGAGACAAACUCCGAGCAUCCCAACUUGGCUGCCGAGGAGAUGGACCUAGAACCCGUUCAGGUUUCCAAGGAAACCGCCGUUGCCGAUGAGCCCGCCACUAAUGGAGACCCCAACUCGAAGCGAGCCAGGGAAGAAGAAAACGAUGACGUUUCGAAGAAGCAGAAGGUGAGUGAGGGCGAGAAGUCUGUGGAGGAGGAACGCUUAGAGAAGAAGCUGGGGGAAGGAGAUGAGCCACAACCGAGUCCGGUUCAAUUGGGUCCGAAGACUUUCAGUUCAUCGGUUGAGAUGUUUGAUUACUUCUUCAAGUUCUUGCACUACUGGCCUCCUAAUCUGAACAUUAACGAGUAUGAGCACAUGGUUCUACUUGACUUGCUUAAGAAGGGCCACGCAGAGUCAGAUAAAAAGAUUGGUGGAGGGGUUAAAUCUUUCCAAGUUCGAUUCCAUCCAAUGUGGAAGAGUAGAUGCUUCUUCCUCAUUCGAAAUGAUGAAUCUACUGAUGAUUUUAGCUUCCGAAAGUGUGUUGAUCGUAUUCUGCCUUUGCCAGAAGACCUGAAAAUUAAAGCCGGUGCCAAUAAAGCAUUAGGCGGUGGCAAGGGUCGUGGUGGAAGGGGUGGCGGUGGACGUGGUGGUGGGCGUGGAAACUGGAGAGGCAGAUCUAGAAACUGAAGUAUCAUCUCUUGUUCGCAGCCGCAUGAGCUGGAAUUACAUGACCUUGAAAGGUUUGAAGAAGGCUCUUUUUUUUUUGUAAGAGGAAUGAUUAGCUAGCUGAUUUUUCCUCUUUUACUGAGCAAAAACUGUUGUAGUAUGCAAAAUUUUGAAAUUAAUUGGUUUCUUAUUCUGAAAUAUGAUUAACAUCGUUAUCUACUA